UGUACGUGUAAAGUAUUAUGGAGCUUCGAGCGAUGCCGGGGACUUUGAUUUUAUAAUGUCCGCCAAUGGUUCGUUUGUGGACAUUAUCAAGUCUUGCGGAUAUUCCCGGGAUCUUUCCCUGGGCCGGGAAAUACACGCCAAGGUCAGGCGCUCGCCGCAGCUCUGCGGGGAUGUUUUCCUCGCGAAUAUGCUCAUACAAAUGUACGGCAGGUGUGGGAGCCUCUGCGAGGCUCGCGCCGUGCUGGACGAUUUCGUACGGCCGAAUCUUUACUCCUGGAAUCUCAUGCUCACGGCAUAUGCCCGGAAUGGGCAUCUUGCCGAUGCGCGGGAGCUCUUUGAUGGAAUGCCGCAAAAAGAUGCCGUGUCGUGGAAUGUGCUGAUCGCAGCAUAUUCGCGGAAUGGUGACGUGGACGAGGCAAGUGCGUUGUUUGCGGCGAUGCCUUGUCCAAACGAGGCUACAUGUACAGCCAUGAUCGCGGCAUAUGCCAAGGCAGGGCAAAUUGUCAAGGCAAGGACGAUCUUUGAUAGUAUGCCCCGCCGAGAUCUUCCAACGUGGAACGCCAUGCUUGCCGCUUACGUGGCAUGUAACCAGGUAGAAACUGCUGAUAGAAUGUUCAAGACCAUGGCUAACCGAGACGUGGUGACGUGGACUACCAUGGUAUCGGCAUAUGCCCGUGUGGGGCAUCUGGUAGAGGCAAAGAGGGUCUUCGAUGAGAUGCCGGGCAAGGACGCCGCGGCGUGUAAUGCUUUGAUCCAGGGCUAUGUUAGAUCUGGAAUGCUGGAGCCGGCGCUGGAAAUCUUCUCGCUCAUGGCGCGGCCGGAUGAGAUCUCGUGGACUUUGAUCACGCAGGGGCUGGCGCAGGGCGGGCGAUUGGAUCAAGCGCGAGAGAUUUAUGCGAGAAUGCCGGUGUGGAAUGUGAUCACCACCACAGCGAUGAUCGUCGCGUUGUCCCAGGGCGGACGGAUUGACGAGGCGAGGGCGCUGUUCGAUCGGAUGCCGCGCAGGGAUGUGGCGGCCUGGAACGCAAUGAUCAAUGGAUAUUGCAAGAACUCGCUGGGAAGGGAAGCUAUAGCGCUGUUUAGGGUUCUUGAUAUGGAAGGCGUGGGGGCGGACAAGAACACGCUCUCCACCGUGCUGGAUGCGUGCGCGGAUCUCUCCUGGCUGCCGCUGGGGCGAUCCAUCCACGCCGCCAUGGCGGCCGUGGAAUUCGAGAUCGACGUGGUGCUGGGGACGGCGAUCGUGAGCAUGUAUGGGCGGUGUGGCGAUCUCGUGGCGGCGCGCAGUGCUUUCGAGGCGAUCGCGGCCAAGAAUGUGGUGUCGUGGUCGGCGAUCAUCGCGGCAUACGCGCACAACGGGCGAUCGAUCGAGGCGCUGGGGCUCUUCCAGCUCAUGAACCUCGAGGGAGUUCUCCCGGUGGAGAUCACAUUCGUGAGCAUUCUCUCCUCGUGCAGCCACGCGGGGAUGAUCGCCGAUGGGAUGGAUCUCUUCGCCGCCAUGUCGCGAGAUUACGGCCUCGUCGCAGGCGCCGAUCACUACCCCUGCGUGAUCGAUCUUCUGGGGCGAGCUGGGUGGCUGGCGAUCGCGGAGGAGCUCGUCCACAAGAUCCCUAGCGCCGAAUCGUGGGCGACGCUGCUCGGUGCCUGCAAUCUCCACAGCGAUGCUGCUAGAUCGGGGAAAGCCGCGGGGAUUGUCUCCAGGAAUGAUCCACAGCGCGCCUCUCCGUACGUGGUUCUAUCUAGUACGGAGAGGGCAUUGACUGUGUUUUAGGGUUCUUGGCGGGGGAGGAGAGGUAGGCAGGCACUGGCACUGGCAAUGGCAAUGGCGCUGGCUCUGGCACUCGCGGCGCUGCUACUGGCGUCGAUUCGAUCGGCCGAUGCGCUCUCCAUGACGGUGUACAGGACCGAGUGCGUCCAGGAGCACGUCGAGUAUGCGAACGAUAUCGUCACGGGGAACUUCGUUGUGGUGGAUCACGAGAUCUUCUGGGCCUCGGAUCAUCCAGGGAUCGACUUUGUGGCCACUUCUCCGGCGGGAGUCAUUGUCUCUUCGAUCAGGGGGUCCGCUGGAGACAAGUUUUCCUUCACGGCUGCCAUGCCAGGGCUGUACAAGUUUUGCUUCCACAACACUGCUCCCAGCCCCGAGACUGUGGAUUUCUAUAUCCACGUUGGUCACAUUCUAAACGAGCACAACCUCGCUAAAGACGAGCACCUCAAUCCCGUACACGUAAAGAUUUCGCAGUUGAAGGAGGCCCUGGAAUCACUAAUGGCAGAUCAGCACUACCUCAGAUCGCGAGUGGAGCGGCACCAUAACACGAACAGGAGCACUCAAAAGAGGCUCCUUUUCUACACUAUUGGCGAGUACCUGGCCCUGGCCGCAGCCAGCGUAACCCAGGUUCUCGUCCUAAAACACUUGUUCAAUAGGAAGAUUGGCUACACCAAACUGUGAGAUGUUAGAGAUAAUCGUGAAUAAGACAUAAGGUGAAACUUUGUGUCUGGGACGAUUCUUUGGUUUUGUUUCUUUCCUACUAUUCAUGCAGGCGUGAACCAACUAAUGGUGUUUUGGUAUCUCUCGUGCUGGAGCCAUCAGGUUUUGUGGUACGGAGAAGAUUUCUAUAUGAUUCAACAGCCGUGGGCAUCGUCUCAGCGUGAGCCGAGUCAGCAGUCGCAAGUGGGAGGCUCGGGCGUACGAGUUCUUUUCACGCAACGGAAACCAUCCUCAGCGAGUGAGUGAUUGAGGGAGCUGCAAAGGGAGCGUUGGCUGGUGGGUGGAUAUCACAUUGAAGUCCAGGUUCCUGUACUUUGAUGGGAGAAUGCAUGCAUUUUGGACUGAUAGGUGUGUUUGUGAUCGUUUGGCUGUAGCAGCAGGGAAAGGUUCGACUGCCGCUGUCGAAACCAAAGCAAGAUAGAGCAGUUUUUGACGCGUUCGGCUCGGCUCGCUGGGAUGAGAGGAAGAUCAGCAAGGGAAAAAAGAGAGCGAGAACAAAAGAAGCUGGAGCCCGCCAGAGGAAGAACACCCAACGGAGCUUGUCAACAAAGCGUAAAAUGGAUGCUGGAGGACGCGAGCAGUUUCGUCGCUUGCAUUGUCGGACAAGCGUCGAGAGAUCCGGUACGAGCACUGAGAGAAUUUUGUCUUGGACGAGGACUAAAAAGAGAGCGGUGGAAUCAUGGCGAGAGACUUACAGGGCCAAUCGAUCGAUCGCGCCAUCCAUGGACGUUGUUCGUCGAGGAGCGAUUACGUCGCCUUGGUGGCCACUGAAAGUCGUGGAGGAAGAAAGCUUUUUUACGCGGGUUU